ACAAUAUCGUGCUAUUUGUCUCGUUUUUGCACGUUUUUUGUUCCAGAAAUUUCAUUUGUUUUGCUAUGCGAAUUCGGUUUGCCUUACAUUUCUGUGCAUUUUCGUGUUCGGUGCAGUGAAGGCAUGAAAUUUCACUGUCUGUUCAUUUGAAUUGAAUCUCUCAAUUAAAUCCUUAUCUUUGUUUAAAAACAACAAUUUUGUGGUUCGUGAACAUACUUCAAGUCGACAUUUGCUGUGUUGAAAAUAUCAAGAACAAUUUUCUGCGUGUUUUAUUUAUUGUGUUGUUGUGAACAAUUCGCACAUUGGACAAAUGGCUGGAAUGGACAAUUUGAAAAAAACCGCCCAAAAGGGACUUCUGGGUGGCGUGAUUUGCGGAGCAACAGCAUUUGUCGGUGCUUUAGUUGGUGGCCCAAUUGGACUUGGAAUAGGAAGUGCAGUUGGCGGUGCAAUAUCUGCUCAUUUAUUGAGAUUCCGUUCGGCACCAGACGUUGUCCUAAACGAUUUUACUCCUAACGAGCGCACGGAUUUGCUCGAAAGAGCCAGACGGGCUGCUGUUGAUACAAAAGAGGCUGUCAUUAAGAUGUUGCUUCAAAUUAUAUCGGCUCUCCUUAAAUGUAGAAGUAAGGAAGAACUCAUUGACAGAGUUCUGCUUCCAAUAUUGAAACAACUUGCCGAAAUUGGAAUCACAUCACUUCUACGGUACAUUACCGGUGCAUAGGCUUUCAAUGCAUGUUUAAAAUACAAUCUGAAGAAAUAUAUUCCAAUGAAUAUCCCUUCACAUGCAACUUACUGUUGUCAACAAAUGUGAUGAGUAUUUUUAAGACUGCGUCUGUGCAAAAUCAUUGUUAAUUUUUUGUCGCAAUUUUGGAUCUAUUUUUUUUGUUUGUAUAACGUCCUAUAUAUUAUUUACACAUUUCCUCUGCAUCGACAUAGUUUAUUAGUAUUUUUAUGGUAUGUAAACAAAAACUGCUCCAAUUUAUGAAUUAUGUUUUGUCAGCUUUAUGAAUCACGUUAAUUGUGAUUUUGCAAAGAAAAAUAACUCAAUUGAAUAUUGCACUUUCGAUGACAAAAUAAAGCGAAAACUGAAGUUUUUCGAUAAACAUGAAUUUUCAAUUAAAUUGAAAUAUGAAAGUA